AUGGAGAGGGGAUCGAGCAUACUCCUCCACUUGCCGUACAUAAGAGUAAUUUAUAACACCGAAAUAUUGAAUACUAAAGCGAUUGUGUCUCCUUCAAAUAACAGUAAACAAUCAUACGACGAUAUUGGUUUUAUUGUAGUCCACAAAGAUUACAAAGGCACCUGGUAUACAGUGGACUUCUUCAAUAUAAACCGUACAGAUAGUGUGUAUAAGUGGUAUUCAAAAUUAACAUUUAACGACACGCACAAAGUUGUGGGCUAUCUCAUGGGCCAAUUUAACGUACCUUGCUACCACUCUUGUACUUUAGAAGAAUACAGAAGAGACGAGGCAAAAUGCGACAACUACCACGGUGUAGAAGGUGGCGCUGUUAUUAAUAUGAAAACUAAUAGAUUGCUCGGUAUUGCCACUUGGGGGGCAUAUUAUAGCAAAUAUGAGUUACCAGUCGGCAUGUCAGUGUUGAAUUCAAACAAUUUCUUUGAAAAUUUUAGUUGCGCGAAGAAAAUACAGAAAGACGAGACGGUUGAUGUCGCUGAAUUUUAUUUCCAAAAUCUUUGCGAUAAAAGCGCGUCGAAUCGGCGAUUUUACUUAAACAACUUUUUAAUUUGA